AUGCGUGCAGGCUGGCGAUCGCUGCGUUCCCGCUGGGUUUUCGUUUCACUUGCACUCGUCAUUGGAGCAGUGGUGUCGUACUGGCUGGCUCCACACUAUGCCCUCGCAAAGAAAGUGAAUCGGCUGCAGUCACUCAAUCAGCGACUGCAAGAAGAAAUCGCUAGACUGCAGCGACCAGCGGUGGGCGUAUCCACAGACGAGGGCAGAGUGGGCGAAAGAGCUGGCGAGCACGACAAUGCCUACGACACUCUGGAGAAGUGGGAAAGUGUCAGAAAUUCAAGAUGCGAAACAAUACAUAUUGGGUUCAUUGCGGCGGGCUACAACGCCAGCCGUCAAGUGGCCACCGUCAUGAAGACAAUUCUCUUCCACAGACACAACCCUCUUCAUUUUCAUUUUGUAUCCGACAUUCCAGCAAAGCAUAUACUAGGUACACUGAUGAACACUUGGCAGCUACCGGCAGUAAACUUCAGUUUCUAUGAUACUGAGCCUUUGGAAGAGCGCAUAUCUUGGAUACCAAGCUUCCAUUACUCCGGUGUGUAUGGACUAAUGAAACUUGUUGCACCGCAGGUGUUUCCGUGGAGCAUAGAGAGCAUCAUUAUGCUUGAUACCGAUGUAAUGCUCAAUUCCGACAUAGCCCUUCUGUGGCACUUUUUCGUGGACAUCAAAGAGAGGAGGAAGCUGCUGGGGAUCGUGGAGAAUCAGAGCAACUGGUAUCUUGGGAGUCUGUGGGAAAACCAUCAUCCGUGGCCGGCAGUGGGACGAGGAUUCAACACAGGAGUGGUUCUGCUCAAUCUGGAAGAGAUGAGGAGGCAGGGGUGGGAUAGUAUGUGGUCUGGCGUUGCUCGAAUGCACGCGAAUCCUGCUGCUCUUGCCGACCAAGAUGUUGUUAAUGCCGUUAUCAAGGAGUAUCCCCAUAUUCACCUCAUUCUGCCAUGUGGGUGGAAUGUACAGCUGGGUGAUAACUCUCGUAGUGAAUUCUGCUACCAAAAUGGCGAAAGUUUUCAUAUCAUUCACUGGAAUUCGCCUAAUAAAAUGAACGUGGAGAAAAAUAACGGAGCCUACUUCAGACUCAUGUACAAUGGAUUUGUUCAAUACGAUGGAAAUCUCCUUAGACGUGAACUCAUUACCUGCAGCUCAUUUGAAAACAAUGUUGCAAGGGGACAGUCCCCGAAUCAAACCCGUGACGCGUGCUCUGCGUUCAGAAACGUGGCAAAGUUGCAACUUCGUACUCACCCAUUUUUCAUUGGAAAUAUUAUAUCCAAACCCAAUGCAGUUACCCUGAUAUCACAGUUAUCAAUGGAUAGACUGCAGAUGUUGGAGCCACUCUGUCGCUAUUGGAAGGGACCAAUGAGUGUGUCGGUGUAUGCGUCCGAUUCAGAAACUAUUAAACUCUCCAACUACGUUACCCGUCACGAGUGUUUCCAACAAAGAAACGACAUAUCACUGCAUAUUGUGUAUCCAGAGAGUAGUAACCUCUACCCCGUAAACUACCUCCGUAAUGUGGCUCUGGAUCAUCUCACCACAAAGUAUGCACUUCUCCUGGACAUUGACUUUAUCCCCAUGGUUGAUUUACACGACUAUCUCUUGGAGGCAACGCGAGUUCUUGGAGCCGAAAAGAGGGCUCUUGUAGUCCCUGCUUUCGAAACACACCUCUACAGACUCGAUUUCCCACAGAGCAAACCGGCCCUUCUGGAGAUGCUCGAGGCAGGGUCUAUCAAGCCAUUCAGAUAUAAUGAAUGGCCGAAAGGACACGCGCCGACAAACUAUCAACACUGGAAAACUGCAUCGCGUCCCUACAGGGUAAACUGGGCACCUGAUUUCGAGCCGUAUGUCGUAUUACAGUGGCCGUUUGCACGGUACGAUACCAGGUUCGUGGGGUUCGGAUGGAAUAAAGUCUCUCACAUAACGGAACUGCAUCAUGCUGGCUACGAGUUUGUUGUCCUGCCCGAGGCUUUUGUCAUUCACAUGCCUCACAGUCCUUCCCUUGAUAUAUCCAAUUUCAGAUCGAGUUCACUCUACAGAGAUUGCUUACAAGUUUUAAAAAGGGAAUUUCAAGAAACGCUCAAGUUGAAAUACUCAUUUGGACACUCGUGA